GCGCUCCAUUUUAGCUCGCGCAGUUGUUAGCACCAUUUUGUGAUGAAUGAGGGGAGGGGAGGUAGAUAGAGUUGCGGAUUAGAAGUAUAUUGGUGUUACAUAGCCAGUUUUGUGGGAUAUCGCUUUGUUUUUAAGUUCUUAAAUAUAUUUAGAAGAGGGGCGGUAGUUGACCAAUUUUCGUGCGUGAAGCGGAGAAGUCUGGAGUGUGGUUUUGUCGAGUCAGGCGCUAAGCUAACGUUACACGGCUAACAGAUCUGCCCUGACUCCGCUACACGAGUCUUUCAGACAAAAGGAGAGAUCCCUGCAAGUCUGAAGAAACAUGAGUGCCCCUUCUUCUCAAAAAGUCGUGCUGAAAAGCACCACCAAGGUGUCCCUGAAUGAGCGCUUCACAAACAUGCUGAAGAACAAGCAGCCGACAGUGAGUAACAUCCGGGCGACCAUGCAGCAGCAGCACAUGGCCAGUGCGAGGAACCGCCGGCUUGCUCAGCAGAUGGAGAACAGGCCCUCUGUGCAGGCUGCCCUGCAGCACAAACAGAGCCUAAAACAGCGACUUGGGAAGAGCAACAUCCAGGCCAGGCUGGGUCGGCCCAUCGGCUCGCUGAUGCCGGGAGGCGGCAGAGGACGAGGCUUUCCUGGAGGAUUGCGUGGAGCUGGACGAGGACUGCGGGGAAGAGCGAGAGGCGGUGGCAUGAGAGGAGCACUCUCUCUAAGAGGUCCAGGUCAGAUGAGAGGUAGGGGUGGUCCUGGACGUAUCGGUCUCCGUCGAGGCAUGCGUUAUCGCGGAGGAGCUGCUGGACGAGGUGCUCUGGGUGGCCGAGGAGCAGCACGAGGGGGAGCACCUGGAGGAAGAGGCCGCGGGGGUCUGAGAGGUCGUGGAGGGUUUGCAGGAAGGGGUCGUGGACGCGGCAGAGGCCGAGGAGCAGGCCGUCCCAUCGUCACACGAGAGCAGUUGGACAACCAGCUUGAUGCUUACAUGUCCAAGACCAAAGGCCAUCUGGAUGCCGAGCUGGAUGCGUAUAUGGCCCAAGCAGACCCUGAGAGCAUGGAGUAACCACAGCCGAGCUGAGAGAGAGACGGCAGCUCCCCAAAGAUCUGCAGAUAAUAGACUGAUUGACAAGAUACACAUUGAGUACCAUUAAAGCUGUUGCUCUUGGACACUCCCCGAGAAGACAUUUUAAACUUGAAGGUUGUACAAAGUUAUGCAUCAUCCCCGUUAUCUUCAAAGAUUUGUGAGUCUCCACUCGCGUUUUCUAAACUGAACUCUGUAUCAUCAUAAAAGCCUCACCACAGAUCUAAAACACAAGUCCUCUUAGAAAACUUUUUGGCAGUGAAGGAAAAACAACUUUUCAAUUGAGCUAUAAUAAUAGAGAUUGUGUUUGUUUUUUUUUGGCUGAAAUUCAGAAAAUGGCCCAAUGUAUGAGGAACUGUGAACUCUAACCAGGUACAUCUGAUCAUCUGGUGUUAAAAUGUGGUUUAUAUAGAUGAACAGAUGUUAAUUACCGUAAUGUUCUACAAAUCAAACACCUUUUAUUACUGUAUUUUUAUUAUGUUUUAAAGUAGAACUUUUAUUCAGUAUGCACAAUCUAGAUUUGUCUUUUCUGUCACAAAAGAUGUCUUAAAAGUUUAUUG